UAUAAAACCUCAGUGCGCAGGUCCGUUCGUUCUUCUCCCACCUUAAGCCGAAGCGUCACAGUGUGUCCUGUCCCCGGAGAACCAUCGCAGAGAAUCAUCAUGGCCGAUCAUGAGGAGCGCACAUUCAUCGCAGUCAAGCCCGACGGUGUGCAGAGGGGUCUCAUCGGGGAAAUCAUCAAGAGGUUCGAGCAGAAGGGAUUCAAGUUGGUCGGCUUGAAAAUGCUCCAGGCGUCCCAGGAGCUGCUGCACAAGCACUACGCAGACCUGUCCUCCAGGGGCUUCUUCCCCUCCCUCAUCGCUUACAUGAGCUCCGGACCAGUGGUUGCUAUGGUGUGGGAAGGCAAGGGAGUGGUGGCGACCGGCCGCGUGAUGCUGGGCGCCACAAACCCUGCCGACUCUGCCCCCGGGACCAUCAGAGGGGACUACUGCAUCCACGUCGGCAAGAACGUCAUCCACGGCAGUGACUCAGUGGACAGCGCCAAGCAGGAGAUCUCCCUGUGGUUCACACCAGAGGAGCUCGUCACCUACCAGAGCUGUGCCUUCAACUGGCUGUACGAAUGAGCCCACGCCCGCCCGCAGUCUCCCAGGGACCACCGCACACUGGCCUCACGUUCCCUCAUGUCCACUGUAGCCUAGGCAACGGUUCCUCCUCUUCUGUGCAGGCUCUGGACUCCUGCAUGUCAGAGCCCGGGCUGAUGGCACUUAUUCCCUUUAGAAACAUUCCAUCUCAUUCCACUCUAGUUCAUCUCCGUUGUGUCAUUUGUUAAGGGUGAAACUUUCCAAUAAAAUUCCACAUUAAA